AUGAGAAUACCACGAGUAGAAGAAACUGCAGAGAAUGGAUUUCAACAGAUUAUGGGGGGUGGGGCACAGAAGCAGCCUAAUAUAACACUGAGCCUCAUUAGAGUCGGAACUGAGGGGAGGAGUGACAUGGCUCAAAGUUCAGAAGGUUUACCACAGCAAAAUGCCAAGCGCCCCAGAGUGGAAACUCCUAAAAAGAUGCUUGGGAACCUAGAUAUUGAUCUACUCCAGAAUGGUUUUCAUAUGGGAUGUGUUGCACCAAUGGCAUUGAGCCUGAGUGGUAAAAAUGGUUCUGGACAGCAGAGGAAGAGUUCAUGA